AUGCAUGCAGGUCUCUCCACGGCCACUAGGUUGCUCAAGACCAUGUCUAGGUACUUCCGUCGCAAUGUGCAAGGCAUUUUAGGCCCUUGGGCGACGACAAGGGUCGGUAAGAUCCUUGUCUUGCUCGUCGAAUCCGGUCUGGUCUACUGUUUGAUAUGGGUCGUAUACCUGGUCAUCAACAUCACCGAAGGACCCAACACGCUGGCGGCUUACGGCGUAAUUAGCGCUGCAUACCACUCCAUCGCCGGCAUAUAUCCCACCUUCAUCGUCCUGGUGGUCGCGAUGCAGCGCUCGGCGGCAGAAUCGAUAUGCGAAACUCGAGUGUCGCAUUCCGUCCAUUUCGCGAGCUCGGGGAAGGGGAAAGGACGCUCAACCGAUGAUACUGGUACCACCACCGAUACGUAUACCAACGCGACAAACAUCGGCGAGGAUUCUUCAUGGCUAGGGCAUCCUCCGUCUGGCCUAGAGACAGCCGAAGAACACAUCAUGAUGUCGACGAUACCUUCACACCCAAGCUUAGAGAUAACUGAGAGGACAGAGACUCGCGGUACGAAACCUUGA